UCGGUAUAAAAAGACGAGCGCUCGACGCAUCCCGCGUACACAGUGAUAAGUCGCCGGCCAGAACCACCUGUCACCUGUCGGAUCUCGCGUGCGUCUUUCUCAGACUCUUGGCUCAAUCAAAAUUUUAACUUGGCCAGCUUGGUUUUCUUGGACAUCCGAUUUCGUACUUCCACCGGACCAGAUAUGUCAAAAUAUUCGCUGCUACUGCUGCUGCUAAUCGCUGCGAUUGCGCAGGAAUUAACUGUAACAACAGCGCAAGAUUUGCCCGAAGGCUUUCCAAAGUGCAAACGAGAUGCGAAUUUUGACAAGUGCCUGGUAGAUGCUGUUAACCACGCCAUUCAGCUUCUCAAAAGUGGCAACAAAGAAUUUGGAAUUCCGCCACUGGAGCCGUUGUCCGUGAAGAAACUAGUUAUAGAUGCCGGCACUGCGCCAAUAAACCUGCGACAGGCAUUGAAGAAUGUGAAGGUGCACGACAUGAUUUCCACCAGCAAGAUCCAGCGAUACAGAACCGACCUGGAUAAGCACCUUAUUAUCUGUGAUAGCCGGACUGACAGAAUUGAAAUGAUCGGCGACUACGAGAUGUCCGGCCGUAUCCUUCUUCUACCAAUCACAGGACAUGGAAAAGCAAAUGUGACUCUUAUAAACACGAAGAUCGAGCACCGUCUGAUUGGAGAACCCUUCGAAAAGGAUGGUGUCAAGUACAUGCGCCUCAAAGAGUACCGAGUAGCCUUCGAUCCAAAGCGAGUAUACAUGAACUUUGAGAACCUUUUCAAUGACAAGACCCUCUCGGACGGCAUGAAUCGAUUCCUUAACGAGAACUGGGAAACAGUCUUCAAUGAACUAAAGGUUGGAUACGCCAAAAGUUUCGGAGUUAUAUUCCGAGAACUUUCAAACAAACUAUUCGAAAAAGUGCCUUUUGAUAAUAUAUUCUUAAGGUAACAAAAAUUGUUUAUUUGUACCUGUUAGGGAAAGCCUAAUUUAUGUCACUAAUUAGUUAAUAAAUGACCUAAAAUAUUAA